AUGAAUGACGCAAGUUCCUUAUCAACUGCUACACUUGGUGUCGAAGUUCACCCUCUAAUUUUCCAUACUAACCGAGGGCAAAUCCGUUUCAACGUGUGGGAUACAGCUGGACAAGAGAAGUUCGGUGGAUUGCGUGAUGGGUACUACAUUCAAGGGCAGUGUGCGAUCAUUAUGUUUGAUGUCACGGCCCGUGUCACCUACAAGAAUGUACCUAAUUGGCAUCGAGAUUUGGUUCGAGUCUGUGAAAAUAUACCUAUAGUAUUAUGCGGAAACAAGCCAUUGUUGCACUUGCCUCUUCUUAUGCUAAAAACUUACCAACAAGUUCUCGUCGUCCCUUCGCCUUCAUCUCUGGUCUUGGAUGAACACGAAGGGACGUGUGGUGAACCAGGUGCGAACGGCGUGGGUUAAAU